AUGGUACACACAGUUUAUAGCACAACCAGGCAGCCCAAGGAAGGAGAGGUCCCGGGGGUGGACUACAACUUUGUGACUGUUGAUCGGUUUAUGGAAUUGGAGAAAAGUGGAGCCUUACUAGAGAGCGGAACUUAUGAAGAGAACUAUUACGGCACCCCCAAGCCCCCGUGCGAGCCCAGCCCUCUGCUGCUAAAUGUAACAGAUCAGCUCCUGCCGGGCGCCCGACCCAGCUCCAAGGGGAAGAGGAAACGGAACAAGUCGGUCAGCAACAUGGAGAAGGCCGGCAUCGAGCCACCCGAGGAUGAGGAGGAGGAGAGGCCCGUUGUCAAUGGCAACGGCAAUGGCAUCACCCCAGAGUCCAGCGAACAUGAAGACAAGAGUACAGAUGUCUCCUCGGGGGAUGUCCUCCCUCAGACCUGUCCCCCCACCGAGACCCCCACCUUCUCCUCCACCACCCCUAACAACGAGGUCCCCCAGGAGGAGGGGGGCGAGCUAGCUAAGUCGCCCCCCAAGCCAGAUGAGAAUGAGAGUGAGCUUGGCCCCCUGCCAGAGAACUGGGAGAUGGCCUACACAGAGAAGGGAGAGGUGUACUUUAUCGACCACAACACCAAGACGACGUCGUGGCUGGACCCGCGGCUGGCGAAGAAGGCGAAGCCACCAGAAGAAUGCAAAGAGGACGAGCUGCCGUAUGGCUGGGAGAAGAUCGAUGACCCUAUUUACGGAAGCUACUAUGUGGACCACAUAAACAGACGGACACAGUUUGAGAACCCAGUCUUGGAAGCCAAGAGGAGAGUCCAGCAACACCAACAAAUGCAAGAGCAGGGUCUGUCCUCGCUGCCCCUACCUACUAUCUACAGAGAGAAGCCCCUGUUCACACGGGACGCCACCCAGCUGAAGGGCAGCUUCCUGUCCACGGCCCUUCAGAAGAGCAACAUGGGUUUUGGCUUCACCAUCAUCGGAGGAGACGAGCCAGAUGAGUUCCUGCAGGUCAAGAGUGUCAUACCUGACGGCCCCGCUGCACAGGACGGAAAGAUGGACACAGGUGAUGUCAUCGUGUACAUCAAUGACGUGUGUGUCCUGGGCACCACCCAUGCCGACGUGGUCAAGCUGUUCCAGUCAGUGCCCAUCGGGCAGAGCGUAACCCUGGUUCUGUGCCGUGGCUACCAGCUGCCCUACGACCCCGAGGACCCGGGCGCCAGCGCCGGCACCACCACCACCCUCCUCUCCCCCCUGGGCCUGAUGGAGCAGCGCCCCCUCCUGGUCAACGGACGCUCCAACUACGACAGCUACAUGGACUACAUCUCGCGCACGGCACGCUUCGUCCAGGAGCACGGUGACCAACAUCUCAACGCCCACCACCACCAUCAACCCCCUCCGCCGCCGCACCCCGGCGACACCCACCUGGACGGCUCCUCCCUGACGCCCGGCGGGCCGCACGGCGAGGACUCGGUGUCCAUGGCAUCAUCGGGGGCGACGCAGGCGGAGCUGCUGACGCUGACCAUGGUGAAGGGGGCGGAAGGGUUCGGGUUCACCAUCGCAGACAGCCCGACGGGCCAGAGGGUGAAGCAGGUGCUGGAGCCCCAGGGGUGUCCUGGUCUGUGUGAGGGGGACCUGAUCGUAGACAUCAACCAGCAGGGAGUGCAGGGCCUCAGUCACACCCAGGUGGUGGAGCUGCUCAAGGAGUGUGCCGUCGGAGCUGAGACCAGCCUGGUCAUCCAGAGGGGUGGAGGAGGUCACUAUUCACCCUGGAAGACCCCUAAACAGGUGUUGGAGCAGUGGGACGCGGCCCAAGGCCAGGGAGGGGGUCAGGGCAGCCCCCAGACCAGUCUGUCUGCCCCCGUUGUCCCCCACAACGCCCCCUUCCUGACCCGCCACCUUCACAGGGCCUCAGUCCCAGACUCUGCCCUCCCCGAGGGCUUUGAUCUGAGCAGGCCCGACCCCUAUGAUCUCUAUGAGAAGUCCAGGGCUAUCUAUGAGAGUAGUAGGCAGCCAGGCCUGCCGCGGACCACCUUCUCUGUGGACCACUCUGGGGCAGAGUACCAGGAGGUGGAGGUCCACCUGAGGAGGCAGAAGUCUGGCUUCGGCUUCCGCAUCCUUGGGGGAGACGAGGCGGGACAGCCUAUUCUGAUUGGGGCCAUCAUAGAGAAGAGCCCUGCGGACAGAGACGGGCGCCUGCGGCCAGGCGAUGAGCUCAUCUUCGUGGAUGGGAUCCCGGUGGCGGGGAAGCCCCACCGCUACGUCAUCGACCUGAUGCACGGCGCCGCCCGCAAUGGACAGGUCAACCUCACCAUCAGGAGGAGGCUACAGGGCCCAGGAGAGCCGUGUCCAGAGAACGGCCGCAGCCCCGGCUCUGUGUCCACCCAGCACAGCUCCCCACGCAGCGACUUCACCAAUGUCACGUAUCCUGGCAACAACGCAGCCCCACCCACUGACGCCAUGGGUACAGGUAGCACCACAGACGGAGAGCCGACUUCCAGCGUGCAGCAGCCACCGAGUGAUGUCAUUAUCCACCGCAAGGAGAGUGAAGGGUUUGGAUUCGUCAUCAUCAGCUCGCUCAACCGGCCCGAGACCGCCAGCGCCAUCAGCGUGCCCCAUAAGAUUGGGCGUAUCAUCGACGGCAGCCCGGCGGACCGCUGUGGUAAACUGAAGGUGGGUGACCGCAUCCUGGCGGUGAACAGCCAGUCCAUCAUCAACAUGCCCCACGCCGACAUCGUUAAGCUCAUCAAGGACGCCGGACUCAGCGUCACCCUCCGGAUCAUACCACAGGAAGAGCUGAGCCCGUCAGCCCCUAGCUCAGAGAAGCAGAGCCCAGCAGUGACCCAGCAGCACAGUCCUCAGGCCCAGCCCAGUCCCGCCGUGGGCCAGCCCAGCCCUGCAGUCACUCAGCCCAGCCCUGCAGUCUCCCAGCCCAGCUCCCUGACCCACCAGAGCCCCAUCACACAGACCCCAGCCCCCCCACCCCAGAUCUACACCCACGACAGCAGUUACAGGUCAGAGGUGAAAGCGAGGCAGGACGUGAAACCGGACAUCCGACAGCCUCCAUUCACAGACUACAGACAGCCCCCGUUGGACUACAGACACCCUCCUGUAGCAGACUACCGCCAGCCACCCACCCUGGACUACAGACACCCUCCUCUGAUGGACUACAGACAGCUGUCCACUGACCCCAGGCACUUCCCUAUGCCUGUGCCCCACGACUACAGACAGAUCCAGCCACAGAUGCCACAGGACUUUGACUUCUUCACCGUGGAGCUGGAGAAGAGUGUGAAGGGGUUUGGCUUCAGUAUCCGUGGAGGAAGAGAGUACAAGAUGGACCUGUUUGUCCUGCGACUGGCCGAGGACGGACCCGCCAUCCGCAACGGGAGGAUGAGGGUAGGGGACCAGAUCAUUGAGAUCAAUGGGGACACCACCAGGGACAUGACCCACGCCCGGGCCAUCGAGCUCAUCAAGUCAGGGGGCCGGCGGGUGCGUCUGCUCCUGAAGAGAGGCACAGGGCAGGUCCCAGAGUAUGGAAUGGUACCUUCCAGUCUCUCCAUGUGCAUGAAAAGUGACAAGCAUGGCUCCCCCUAUUUCUUCCUAAUGGGCCACUCUAAAGACACGGUUUCAGACAGUACCUCCCCCUGGGAUGCACGCCCUUCAGCCUCCCCAAGUCUGUCGGAAGUAGCCCUGCCCCCAGACACUCUGACCAUGCCAUCGCCCUCAUCUCAUCUGACCCCGCCCAAGCAGCCCCCAGGCCCCGACCUGGCUCACCUGCCACCGCAGGAGGUCCCGCGGGAGCCGGCGGUGCAAGAGAGCAGGAGGGCGGAGCGCUCCCAGAGCCCCCGGAAGGCCCCGACCGAGCCGCAAAAUCCGGACCAGACCGGCCACGGGAGGAGGGACCGGGACCGGCCCAGUGGGAGUGGUUGCAGUAGUGGGAGGGCCAAGCAGAAAGAAGGUGGCAGGUCCACCUGCAGAGGGAGCUGCCCCAAAGACGGAGGGCCGGUGGGGAGGGAUGAGCAGCUACCUGGGGGAGGGGAUCCCAAAAGCUCCUCCAGGGGGAGGUCUAAGGAGAGGAUAGCUGGGGAGAGCAGCACAUCCCACGGGAAAAGAGAACCCACACAGUCCCCGACGAAAGGCUCCAAGCCCUCAUACACAAACUCUAACGGGAACGGCGGCAGCGGUGGUACUCAGAGCGGCAGCAGCAGUCACCCAGACGUUAGUGUCGGGCAUCAGGGAGAGCCGGCGCACGAGAAGCCCAGGCCCAGAGAGGCAGAGAGGGGCCCUGGAGAGACCCGGCCCUGCCGCCCCACCAAGAACACCAGCAGCGGCAGCACAGCAGCGGGUAGGAAGGCCACCGUGUCCCCUGGGCCCUGGAAGAUCCCCGGCUCUGACAAGAUGCCCAGCACCCUGCGCUCGGGCACGUCCACUGUGAGCAGAUAACACCUUGGAGUAUACCCAUUACCAGACCCCCAGGCCGGGCUACACUAAGCCUGGCUAGCCCCUUCAUUGGCUCCCCUCACCCUGCCUCCACUCCCCCACCCCACCCUCUAGACCGCAGAUGUAAAGGGGGGUUCCUCCAUGCGUUUUUAGAGAACCAUUUUUAUUUAUAUUGUACUCUAAAUUAUUUUGAGAGAUAUUUUACACCGACCACCUUAAGAACUGGAAAGCAUCCACUUAAAAAUUCAAAACAAGAAGAAACCAAGCAGAAUGUGUGUAGCGUGACUGGAUCCUUGAGCAGUGUUAAGGGGUCCGAAUACAGGAACUUCAUUUGGAAGUGCUCAAAUCCCCACAGCACUCCAGUCUAGGACGUACAUGCAAAUUGAACCACUCACCGAUUGGUUGACUGUGACACUGCAGUUUUUUUAUACAAUGAAGUCUAUUUUAUGAAAGGAAUGUUGAAGAGGGGUUGCCUGUUUUUGUGUAUUUUGAAAAGAGAGAAUGAAAACCAGAACUAGAAAAAGAGUAUACGCAUUAAUGGGACUUUGCCUUAAAUAAGAGACUGUACGAGACUGAAGAAGCUAUCCCAAGUAAUCUAUCAAAUGAUAUAGAAAUAAAUCUAUUAUAUGAUGAGUAUUAAUAUGUGGGACGUGAUCAUCUCUAAUGCAUACCUAGUCGGGCCAAUGGUAGUCCUGAGACGCCUCAUAAGCUAGGCGAGCGAAGGAACACAACACCGUUUUUCAACACUCCAUUAUAACUCAACAGCCCAGCCUAUGAUAUUGCGUUUCUAGUCUGUGUGGACCCAUUCUACGAGACUGCAGUGGACUCUAAGGGCUGUUCGUGCUUGAAUCAUAAACGGUUGGGUCACAGGAGAUACAUUUCCCCCUCACUGUGCUUCGCGAACAAAGCAAUUUGCUGAGGUUUGUCUGGUGGACACUGUGGAGAGUGAAGGCUCAUGGGAUAUCGGGGCAGAGUGCCUUACGAUCAGAGACCGACGGACAGAAAGGUCUGUUAUGGACUUAAAGAACCUAGAACACUCUCUAGACUGAUGUGGUUCAAUCCAGGCUGCUACCGUACAGUCAAAUCCAAUGUCCCAAUAUUCAUAUACAUCUGUGCCAUGACGGACAGUCAUGUUUUUGUAUCUGAUUGUUGAAAUUUGUUCACUAUAUUUACAGACCCAUAUUUACAGUAUUUAUUUGGUCAGAAAUCAUUAGCAGAUCUUUCCAUUUCCUUACAGAUUGAAGUCGGUUCCACAACUUUUUGGGGUUCUGUUGGUAUCUCAUCGUCAGAUAUCGAAACGUCUAGGCAGAACAUCUCUAACAGAUGGUGUAAUCAAGCUGUAGCUACACAGAAUGACGUGUUUGGGUGAAAAUAUGGCAAGUGUAUGAAAGCAGGAAACUACACUAGUAUUUCUGGCGGGGAUCAGAGAGAGAGAAACAUUGCCAUUUGUCACAAGCUCAUUCCCCACUUAAAUGUAUCUAAUGGUCUGUGCUUCACUUAACGCUGUUCAUUUACACAACACAUGAAACACUUUUAUCUCCCAAAGACGCGUAUGUAUACAUUACAACUGACAACUGUCUGGAUAUUCAUUACAACAUUUGUUUAGUCUGUAAGUGUCUACAUAGCCAGCGACGUUAAAAUAUAUCUACAUCCCUCUCCACCAGAUUGUGCCCCAAUUAAAUUCGGAGCUCUAGACAGUGGAGGCUCUGUCAGUGGCCCUGUCUGCACUCUCCUAUUACCAGUUUACACACACACGCGCGCGCGCGCGCGCGUCCCUCAGAACCGCCUUGUCAUCCGAUGACUAAGGCAGAGUUUUUUUUUUUACUCUCUCAAACCCUCUCUCUGGCCCUGGGACUCACAGAAGCUAAUUCAUCUGUCACUCUGAUAACUAGUAUACUGUUUAUUUGAUUUAUUUUACCUUUACUUAACUAGGCAAGUCAGUUAAGAACAAAUUCUUAUUUUCAAUGACGGCCUAAAACUGUACAUGGAGAUGUGGAGAGACUACAAUCAUCUAGUCAUUAUGAUCAUUGACAGACACAAGAAUCAUUCUUGGCGAUAAAAGAAAAGUCAUUAAGGAGCAAUCCGAAUGUGUCCCCUUUAGUUUCUGCAGACAUCUGAUUUUUGAGUGGUAAUUUGCAGUGUGUCGAGCUAACAAUCCAGCAAAGAGAGGACGACAUUGGCAGAACAAAGCUGUCCCCCUCAGGUGGAAGAAAUGCAGACAGUCUUUCAGAAUAGGAGUAAUACGGGAGAGGUUAGUGAUGCUCUGAGCCCAUUGGAAUCUCUAUUUACGAGAGGAAAACAUAUUUCUUUAAAGCACAAAGUGGUUCAGAGAAUUGGCAUACAAAUUGUGCUGGGGAACUGACCCUGAGUAGACAGGCGUCUGUGGCUCAGCCACUGUCUGGGCCUGUUUGAAUACUUUAACAAUGCAUCCUUCCUCUCUUCCUUCUCUCUUUCCUAACGUCUUGUAAGAACAGUGGUUACUUCAAAUAAGUAGGCAGCAGGUAGCCUAGAGGUUCAGAGCAUUGGGCCAGUAACUGAAAGGUUGCUGGUUUGAAUCCCGAGAUGAAUAAGUGGAAAAUCUGCCCAUGUGCCCUUGAGCCAGGCACUUCACCCUAAUUGCUCCGGAUAAGAUCAUCUGUUAAAUGACAAUAAAGACAUAUAUAAUAAUGUAAAGCAGGUACAUGUUCAUUCAUGUUAAGUGUCACUGGUUACUUCAAGGAUUCAUUUGAACAGUGCCACUGUGUUCACUCCACACACAACCAUUCCUAGUGUCUGGACAGUCCUGACUGUAUACUGCACCUUCAUCACUAAGCCUAUCAUGACUUCUGUGUAGACUAGAGACAAGGAAGAAUGUCCUUCCUUCGUUGCACAGUUCGCCGCUUUUUCUCGUCAGAGCAGUCCCCCAUUGAGGCAAAUGUCAGUACUUUUCUAUGGACAGAUCAGAAGAGAUAGGUUUAUCUAAAACGGUGAGUGUGUUGAAGACUGACUGCACGUACAAUACAUGAACCCCCUGAGCCUACCUAAUGCAGCAGGGUAUCACUGUGUAGUGUUAUUAUUAGCCGUGUUAUUGACCUUGUACAGGUGUGUCGCUAUUAUAAAUAUGACUCAAUGUAUUAUUAUGGAUAGUCCCAGACUAUAAGUGAACGACCUAUUUUUAUGAAAUGCAACACUAUGGAUAUAUUAACUUUUGCAGAAAUCUUGUUUACCGUAUGAUAUUCUGAAAUGCUGUCAAAUAAAAUCUUGAC